ACCAGAAAUGUAUGACAAAAGUUGGUGGAAGGAGAGAAGGUCUGAGAUAGAAGUGUUUCUUCAUGGUAGUACCAGAGUGAAUCAUUGCCCUAUUCCCAUAUGCCCUCGACGACACACCUUGACGGACAGAAAUUAUUGGAUUGAUGAAGGUAAUAUGUGGUAGCAGAACCAUAUCUGGCCAUCACCUGUCUCCAAGGACAAAUUGUCAAGGGCAGACAGAGGGGAGCAAUUACACUAGGGGAUGUUGCUCCCAAUAAGUUACUCCUAUAGGCAUAAUUCCCUCAUCUCCUUUCUUUUUUAAGGGUAGAUKWAGGGACUAUACAGGUGUUCCCCACAAGUGCUUUAAUACAGACAUUUUAGAUAAGGUGUCAUGAAUGGACAAGGAAAGGAAUAUAACGUGUGCGUGUGCAGUGGGACAGGACACACAUUGGUAUCGAAAUGGCGUGAACAGUGUUUCCCAUGAUAGGGGAUUGCAGUGGGAACCAUUUGCUGUGGAAAGAUUCCCCAACGGAAUGUAAAUAAAGUAACAUCACUCAGUGGAACCGCUACAUCCAAUCAGACUCAAAAGUGGUUGUCGUUGUUUUACUAUCAGUGUUUUAGGGUGUGUGGCCAUGACUCGGGGUAGGAGGACUAAGUUGGAGCCCUGGAUGGAGCAGGUCAUCCUGAGUUAUGGCACAGAGCCAAAGGAGGAGAAGAAGAACACUCUGAUGAAAGCGCAUGUUGUGGGGGUAAUGAGGCAUCUAGUACAUACACUUCAUGCAAGGCCUGUGUUCCAAGUUUAGAAGGUGUGUGUGUGUGUGUGUGGGUCGGCCGGAUGUCAGAGUCCCAAGCCCGGUCGACUGAGGGUUUGACAACGUUGCUGUUCCUCUCUGAUGGAGUGGUGCACAUCCACUGACCCAGGACGCCUGGGAGAUACUGACCCAGGACGCCUGGGAGACUCUUCAGGAGUGAGUUAACAUUUAGGACAAGCGUAGAGGCCUAUGAGAUCAUAUUAAAUUACAUGUAUGUCUAAAACCCACCUGUAAACCAUUUCUUGUUAAGCCCAGUACAAAUCUAACAGCCAACAUAAGGAGAAACAAGACGAGACAAAACGUAUUAAGAUAAUUAAAAWCCAUACAGCAAAUGGUGAUGCAUUUCUAUCUAUCGGUAUCCUCUGGUAGGCAGGAUGACUGUGAGUGCUUCUCCAGUCUCAUUAAUUGCACAGUGUGUGUGUAUUCAUACACCCUGCAGUUCAACAUGGACUCUGAACAGGAGCCAGUUUUACUUAUCGGUUGGUGAGCUGACCACCACAUCAGAUGGGGCUGCUAAAGACAACAGCCCUUGCUGCACAUCGCUCAACUCAGACAAAAGAUCUGUACAACAUGGAGGUGAGUAUGGGAUCCCUGCUUGCACAGGAUUCUGUCCAUACUCAGAACACCCAGUCUGAGUUCAGUCUGUCAGAGCUGCUGGGGGAGUGGCAGCAUGACUGGCGCCAGUCUCUGUUGAAGGAUGUGAUGGAACUCUUGAGGACACCCACAAACCCCCCCUCCCCACAGCCCUCCACCUCCACCUCCAACACCCUCACUGGCACCAGAUGGGCUAUUGAAAGGUUCAGAUAUAAGAGGGAGGAUACUUUCAAUGUCCCUGUGUCUCACCUACACAUUCCAGACAAUCUGAGUCAGAAACUGCACGCACCCUCAGACAACAGUGAAACGCAGAGUGGACUGGUCCCUCCAUCUGAAGACAGACCGACAGACCCACCAGAGACAGAUCAACCAAUCGUUGCUGCUGACAGCAGGCAGACUGACAGGCCAGUGCCUCUGGAGAGAAGACAUCCUGCCCAUGAGACCACACUUUCUCAGGAAAGUAUGGAUGGCGAGGUGGUGUCAGGGAUGACCGGAGGAGCAGUGGCGAGCCCAUGGGACAUUUUUGCACCAGCAGCUGAGCUGCUCAGGACCUCCUCUGCAUCUGACGAAUCUAUCACCUCGGAGSCCUUCUCCCUCCAGAAGAGCCAGUCUCUGCUCGACCCCACUCCACAACCAGUCACCCUUGCAACGUUUCCCCUGGCAACCAACACCCAGGUGCCAACCCUGACCCAUGGGGCCACCCAAAGGUCAGGCGAGCGCUCCCUUCCUCCUUAUCAAAAACCAGGYCCCUCUCACAGCCUACUCCCCUCCAGUGGCGGCUCCUCCACUGUGAGUCCAUCUACAAAGCACCAACACUCUGGCAUGAAGCUCCACCACAGUGGCUCAACCACAACACAUCAACUUCCAGUCACGGAGCAGCAAGAUCAGGUGGAGGAAGAGGAGGAUGUUGUGAAGAGGUGUAGGAAGGAUAAGAAGAAGAGUUCUGUGCAGACCCCAGAGGAUAAUGAUAUCCCCUGGGAGGAGGAAAAUAUGCAGAAGAACYGCGGCCUGCCCCCCUGGAUGUUUCCAGGAUUGGGGAGGGAAGCAGCUGCAAACAGAAGGCAGUUGCAGCAAUAGCCCCCCGGAGGCCCUCCAAUGUUCACAGUGAUGGCACUUCGUUCUCAUAUUCUUAUCAGCUGUGUGGCMGCAUUUCGAAGGAUCUAAGCCAUUUAAAGUGAGUAAACCGUGUGUGUGUGCCGUGCCUUCGGAAAGUACUCAGACCUCUUUGCUUUUUCCACAUUUUGUUACG